AUUUCUGCCGAGAUCGAUUAGUAAUGUCUAGUCCCUUUCUGCUGACAUCGAUAAGUGAUGCCUAGCUCUUUACUCAACUAAAAAACAAUUACAGCGUUCACAGACAGACAUGUUCCGCUGCAUUCUAAGGCCGGCUGAGCAUCAUUGGCGAUGUUCAGUCCGCAGCAUGAGCUCUGCGGGCAGGAAGAGGAAAGCUCUGCGCAGCGCCUUCGUGGUGCUGGAGCAGCCUCUCCAGCCCAUCCAUCGGCACGUGUAUGAAGCCAACCUCCGAAACAGCAACGCCUGUCGCAACAGGUACAAAGAGUGCAGUGAAAAGAUAAGGAAGGGUGGAGGGGAGAAAGCCAUGGAGAGACACACGCAGAGAAACGGGAAGUUGCUGGUAAGGGAUCGCCUGCGCCUCCUGCUGGACGAUGAGGACUUCCUGGAGCUGUCGCCGUUCGCUGGUCUCGGUCUGCCGUACGGGGACAUCCCAUCCGCCGGCUGCCUGACCGGCAUCGGCAGGAUCAAUGGCCUCUGGUGUGUGUUCAUUGCCAACGAUGCCACAGUUAAAGGCGGCACAGCGUAUCCCAUCACAGUGAAGAAGCAGCUACGAGCACAGGAAAUAGCCAUUCAGAACCGCCUGCCCUGCGUUUACCUGGUUGACUCUGGAGGAGCUUUUCUACCACUGCAGUCAGAGAUCUUUCCCGAUAAGAACCAGGGAGGAAGGACGUUCUAUAACGAAGCCAUCAUGUCUGCCAUGAAAAUCCCACAGGUGUCGGUGGUGUGCGGCUCAUGCACGGCAGGCGGGGCUUACAUCCCCACCAUGGCAGAAGAGACCGUGAUGGUGCACCGGAUAGGUACCAUAUUCCUCGGCGGGCCGCCGCUCGUCAAGGCCGCCACGGGAGAGGAAGUCACACCAGAAGACCUGGGAGGGGCCAGGCUUCAUGCCGAAGUGAGUGGCUGCGUGGAUCAUUUUGCGUGGGAGGAAAAGGAGGCGUACGAUUACACCAGAAACAUUGUGUCCACCCUCAACUUCCAACUGCCCGAGGAAGAGGAGGAGGACGAGGAGAGGACGAGGAGGAGAAAAGCUGAGGAGGAGCCGCCGUAUGAUUCAAUGGAGCUUUUGGGCCUCGCUCCUAAAAGUUACAACUACAGUGUGGAUGUUAAAAUGGUGGUCAGUCGGCUGACAGACGGGGGCCGCUUCCAGGAGUUCAAGGCUCGCUAUGGAACCACUCUGGUCACUGGCUUUGCAAGCAUACAUGGCCAUCUGGUGGGAAUAGUGGCCAACAACGGGGAGCUGUCACACCAGUCCGCACUGAAGGGGAGCCACUUUGUCCAGUUGUGUGACCAGAGAGACGUCCCCCUCCUCUUCCUCCAGAACACAGCACCCACAGCAGCUCCAGCUCUCUCCACGGCGCAGGCGGAGGUGAACAGCAAUCGGCUGAAGGCUCAGGCUUCAAUGAUGUCAGCAGUGGCUUGUGCCUCCGUCCCGAAAAUCACUGUUGUGAUUGGCGGUUGCCAUGGUGCUGACAGCUAUGCCAUGUGCGGCCGAUCCUUUGACCCCAACUUCCUGUUCCUGUGGCCCAACGCCAGAGUGUCCAUGGCGGCGCCGGGUCACGCUGGCUCUCUGCUCCCCCCCGACAGUGAGCAGGAGGACGAGCUAAAUAGGACACUGGAGGAGGAGAGCUCGGCUUUCUUCUCCUCCGGCAGGCUGUGGGACGAUGGAGUCAUUCUGCCUCAGGACACCAGGAAGGUUCUCGGAAGCUGCCUGGAUAUCAUCCAGCAGCAGCAGUAUCAGCUGUCCACGGAGAAACUACAAUCACCACUUCUGCGUGUCUAGAGGCCGACAUCUUUCUCCUCACGUCCUUUGGACGAAGCAUCCGUCCGCGAAGCUGCGGUUUUUAAUUCAGUCUGGUUGCUCGGCGCAAAUUGAAAGGAUCCAAAAUGUCGUGUGGAGCGGCGCCAGAAGAGUGUAGGCGCUUCGUUUUAGAAAGACGGGCCCAAUCGUCUAAUCGGAUAUUUGGUAAAAAUUGUUACCCACAAUACAGAUCUACUCUUUUAAUUGAGUUCAGUUAAUAGGACGUUAAUAGUUAUGUUGUGAAAUUAACCAGGAAUUAUUUUGGUUGUAAUGGACAUACAAGGAAAAGUCCAAUUUGCUUAAUUGAAUGUAAAAAUGUCCAUUAUAUACCUCAUGAUCGGACAAUGGACACACCUGCUGAGAGAGGAAAAGUAUUCAAGACCAGGUGAGGACGGCGUUAUUCUGAGAGGAGACAAAGCCAAAGCUAAACGUGAA